AAACACAUUGAAAAAGAGUACUCUGUUUUUCUCUGAUUCAAAACCAAGCAAGAAAAAGAGAUCGAAAUCGACAACAAUGGCGGAUCUUUGCUGCAAAUGCUUGGAGAUCCUUAUCGCCAUUCUCCUCCCUCCCCUUGGCGUGUGCCUCCGCCAUGGCUGCUGCUCUUUGGAGUUCUGCAUCUGCUUGGCUCUCACCAUCCUUGGCUACCUCCCCGGAAUCCUCUACGCCCUCUACGUCAUCGUCGCCGUCGAACCAGAGCGCCACCGCCAUGAUUAUUACCAUUCCGUCAAUGAGGUGGCUUAGCGUUUUGUUUUUAGAUGCAGGUCUCUAUGAUCUUGUGUGAAUUCUUAGCUGCGUGCCGGCUCAUUCGGUGAUAUUUCUAUGUAUGGCUUUCUCCAAAGGCAGGGCAUGUUCUGAAGCAUAAUACAUCAUCAAAUCACUCUGUUCCCUGGUUCAUCUUUGCUUGUGUUACAAUGUUAAUUUAGGAUGUAUUCCUUUUAAAGUUUUUGUUUUGUGACUUACCAACUUAUCUAUGUAUUUGUACAUGUCUUAUUUGAAAUUGAGUUUGUGUUUAGAUGUAUACUUUUCCCCUUUAAAUCCAAUAAUAGCAACUUAUUGAUGUUUUAA